GCGGGGCGCCGGCGGGGGCGGGGCGCUGGCCCGGGAGCGCUUCAAGGUGGUCUUUGCGCCGGUGAUCUGCAAGCGGACCUGUCUGAAGGGCCAGUGUCGGGACAGCUGUCAGCAGGGCUCCAACAUGACGCUCAUCGGAGAGAACGGCCACAGUACAGACACGCUCACCGGCUCUGGCUUCCGCGUGGUGGUGUGCCCUCUACCAUGCAUGAAUGGUGGCCAGUGCUCCUCCAGAAACCAGUGCCUAUGCCCUCCGGACUUCACGGGGCGCUUCUGCCAGGUGCCUGCUGGAGGAGCUGGAGCUGGCACCAGCAGCUCAGGCCCCGGACUGGGCCGAACCGGGGCCCUAUCCACAGGCCCGCUGCCGCCCCUGGCUCCGGAGGGCGAGUCUGUGGCCAGCAAGCAUGCCAUCUACGCGGUGCAGGUGAUCGCGGAUCCUUCCGGGCCGGGGGAGGGACCCCCUGCUCAGCACGCAGCCUUCCUGGUGCCCCUGGGGCCAGGACAGAUCUCAGCGGAAGUGCAGGCUCCGCCCCCCGUGCUGAAUGUGCGUGUCCAUCAUCCUCCUGAAGCUUCGGUUCAAGUGCACCGCAUCGAGGGACCGAAUGCAGAGGGCCCAGCCCCUUCCCAGCACCUGCUGCCUCACCCCAAGCCCCCGCACCCGAGGCCACCGACCCAAAAGCCACUGGGUCGCUGCUUCCAGGAUACACUACCCAAGCAGCCGUGUGGCAGCAACCCCCUGCCCGGCCUCACCAAGCAGGAAGACUGCUGCGGUAGCAUUGGUACCGCCUGGGGACAGGGCAAAUGCCACAAGUGCCCACAGCUGCAGUACACAGGAGUGCAGAAGCCAGGACCUGUCCGUGGGGAAGUAGGUGCCGACUGCCCCCAGGGCUACAAGAGGCUCAACAGUACCCACUGCCAAGACAUCAAUGAAUGUGCAAUGCCUGGAAUGUGUCGCCACGGUGACUGCCUCAACAACCCUGGCUCCUAUCGCUGUGUCUGCCCACCUGGCCAUAGCUUGGGCCCCUCCCGCACACAGUGCCUUGCUGACAAGCCAGAGGAGAAGAGCCUGUGUUUCCGCAUGGUGAGCCUGGAGCACCAGUGCCAGCACCCUCUGAACACACGCCUCACCCGCCAGCUCUGCUGUUGCAGUGUGGGUAAAGCCUGGGGGGCACGGUGUCAGCGAUGUCCUGCGGAUGGCACUGCUGCCUUCAAGGAGAUCUGCCCAGCUGGGAAAGGGUACCACAUCCUCACCUCCCACCAGACACUCACCAUUCAGGGUGAAAGUGACUUUUCCCUUUUCCUGCACCCUGAUGGGCCACCCAAACCCCAGCAGCUACCUGAAAGCCCCAGCCGGGCACCACCACCUGAGGACACAGAGGAAGAGAGAGUGGUGACUACGGACCCACCAGUGAGUGAGGAGCGGCCAGUGCAGCAGAGCCACCCCACUGUCACCACCUCUCCUGCUCGGCCCUACCCAGAGCUCAUUUCUCGACCUUCGCCACCUACUGUGCACCGGUUCUUGCCAGACUUGCCUACCUUCCGAAGUGCAGUGGAAAUUGCCCCCACUCAGGUCACAGAGACUGAUGAGUGCAGAUUGAACCAGAAUAUCUGUGGCCAUGGACAGUGUGUCCCUGGCCCCUCGGACUACUCCUGCCACUGCAACCCAGGCUACCGGUCACAUCCUCAGCACCGCUACUGCGUGGAUGUGAAUGAGUGCGAGGCAGAGCCUUGCGGCCCAGGGAGAGGCACCUGCAUGAAUACUGGUGGCUCCUACAACUGCCACUGCAACCGCGGCUACCGCCUGCACGUGGGCGCUGGGGGCCGCUCAUGUGUCGACCUGAAUGAGUGUGCCAAGCCCCACUUGUGCGGCGAUGGAGGCUUCUGCAUCAACUUUCCGGGUCAUUACAAGUGCAACUGCUACCCGGGCUACAGGCUCAAAGCCUCCCGACCGCCCAUGUGCGAAGACAUCGACGAAUGUCGUGACCCUAGCACCUGCCCUGAUGGGAAAUGCGAAAACAAACCUGGGAGUUUCAAGUGCAUCGCUUGCCAGCCGGGCUACCGCAGCCAGGGGGGCGGGGCCUGCCGCGACAUCAACGAGUGCUCAGAGAGCAGCCCCUGCUCUCCCGGGUGGUGCGAGAACCUGCCGGGUUCCUUCCGUUGCACGUGCGCUCAGGGUUAUGUGCCGGCCACCGAUGGUCAGAGUUGUGUGGAUGUGGAUGAGUGUGAGGCUGAGGAUGUGUGUGACAACGGCAUCUGCACCAACACGCCCGGCUCCUUCCACUGCCAGUGCCUUUCUGGCUACCAUCUGUCAAGGGACCGGAGCCACUGUGAGGACAUUGAUGAAUGUGACUUCCCUGCGGCCUGUAUUGGUGGUGAUUGCAUCAACACCAAUGGUUCCUACAGAUGUCUCUGCCCCCAGGGGCAUCGGCUGGUGGGCGGCAGGAAGUGCCAAGAUAUAGACGAGUGCAGCCAGGAUCCAGGCCUGUGCUUGCCUCACGGGGCCUGUGAGAAUCUCCAGGGCUCCUAUGUUUGUGUCUGUGAUGAAGGUUUCAUGCCCACCCAGGACCAGCAUGGCUGUGAAGAGGUAGAGCAGCCCCAUCACAAGAAGGAGUGCUACCUGAACUUCGAUGACACAGUGUUCUGCGACAGUGUAUUGGCCACCAAUGUCACCCAGCAGGAGUGCUGCUGCUCACUGGGGGCUGGCUGGGGAGACCACUGCGAGAUCUAUCCCUGUCCAGUCUACAGCUCAGCCGAGUUUCACAGCCUCUGUCCGGAUGGAAAGGGCUACACACAGGACAACAAUAUUGUCAACUAUGGCAUUCCAGCCCACCGUGACAUUGACGAAUGCGUGUUGUUCGGGGCGGAGAUCUGCAAGGAAGGCAAGUGCGUGAAUACGCAGCCGGGCUACGAGUGCUACUGCAAGCAGGGCUUUUACUACGACGGCAACCUGCUGGAGUGCGUGGACGUGGAUGAAUGCUUGGAUGAGUCCAACUGCCGGAACGGAGUGUGCGAGAACACGCGUGGAGGCUACCGCUGCGCCUGCACGCCGCCCGCGGAGUACAGCCCGGCGCAGCGCCAGUGUCUGAGCCCGGAAGAGAUGGAGCAUGCCCCGGACCGGCGGGAAGUGUGCUGGGCGCAGCGUGGAGAGGACGGCAUGUGCGUGGGGCCCCUUGCCGGGCCCGCCCUCACUUUCGAUGACUGCUGCUGUCGCCAGGGCCGCGGCUGGGGAACCCAGUGCAGACCGUGCCCCCUACGUGGCACUGGGUUCCAAUGCCCGACUUCGCAGAGUGAGAGCAAUUCUUUCUGGGACACCAGCCCACUGCUCCUAGGGAAGCCUCCUCGAGAUGAGGACAGCUCGGAGGAGGACUCCGACGAGUGCCGCUGUGUGAGCGGCCGCUGCGUGCCUCGGCCCGGCGGGGCGGUGUGCGAGUGCCCGGGCGGCUUUCAACUGGACGCCUCCCGAGCCCGCUGCGUGGACAUCGAUGAGUGCCGAGAGCUGAACCAGCGCGGGCUGUUGUGCAAGAGCGAGCGCUGCGUGAACACCAGCGGCUCCUUCCGGUGCGUCUGCAAGGCCGGCUUCACGCGCAGUCGCCCACACGGGGCCUGCGUGCCACAGCGCCGCCGCUGACGCCGGGGCCUGCCUUUGGCUGGUGAUGCCGAGGGUUUUCUUCGCUGAGAGAGGAGACGAACUGCAUCUCUUGCUCCUGCCCCAUAUCCAGGCACGGACCCAGGGAUCCUUCAGGGCCCACAGACCCUUCCCGUACCCCAACACCCGAGG